GAAGCAAAGGGGCGCCCCAGCUCAGGGCUCAGAGGGCCUUGGGGCAUCUGGCGAGAUGGUGGCCUGCAACCUGGGUCGCGGCGUCGGGUAUCUCUUGCGUAGCUUACAUGGGCGCUUGGGGCAGCAGUUAUGGCUGCGCGGGGUGAGCGCGCCGCGCCGGGCGGCCUCGGGGCUCAGGGGCAGCGUCCCCGCCUCCGCCGCAGCGGCUCAGUCGGGCUCGUACCAGGCGCUGAGCGCGCAGGCGGUGCGGGAGCCGGCCGGGUUCUGGGGGCCACUGGCACAGGAUACGCUCGUGUGGGACACUCCCUACCACACCGUCUGGGACUGCGACUUCAGCAGUGGCAAGAUCGGCUGGUUCCUGGGAGGCCAGUUAAACGUAUCGGUCAACUGCUUGGAUCGACAUGUUUUGAAGAAUCCAGAAAGCGUCGCUUUGAUCUGGGAGCGAGAUGAACCUGGAACUGAAGUGAGGAUCACCUACAGGGAGCUGCUGGAGACCACGUGCCGUCUGGCCAACACCCUGAAGAGGCAUGGCGUCUGUCGAGGGGACCGGGUGGCCAUCUACAUGCCAGUGUCCCCACUGGCUGUGGCUGCAAUGCUGGCCUGCGCCAGGAUCGGAGCUGUCCACAAUGUCGUUUUUGCUGGCUUCAGUGCGGAGUCUUUGGCUGGAAGAAUCAAUGAUGCCAAGUGCAAGGUGGUUCUCACCUUCAACCAAGGACUCCGGGGAGGGCGUGUGGUGGAGCUGAAGAAGAUAGUGGACCAGGCCGUGAAGCACUGCCCCACCGUUCAGCAUGUACUGGUGGCGCACAGAACGGACAACAAGGUCCCCAUGGGGAAUCUGGAUGUCCCCCUUGAGGAGGAAAUGGCCAAGGAGGAACCUGUAUGCACCCCAGAGAGUAUGGGCAGUGAGGACAUGCUUUUCAUGCUGUACACCUCGGGGAGCACCGGGAAGCCCAAGGGGCUUGUCCACACCCAGGCUGGCUACCUGCUGUACGCAGCGCUGACGCACAGGCUUGUGUUUGACUACCAGCCGGGUGACGUCUUCGGCUGUGUGGCUGACAUCGGCUGGAUCACAGGACACAGCUAUGUGGUGUAUGGACCCCUCUGCAACGGAGCUACCAGUGUCCUCUUUGAAAGCACCCCGGUUUACCCUGAUGCUGGUCGCUAUUGGGAGACGGUACAGAGGUUAAAGAUCAAUCAGUUCUAUGGCGCCCCGACGGCUGUCCGGCUGCUGCUGAAAUACGGUGACUCUUGGGUGACGAAGUAUGACCGCUCCUCCCUGCGGACUCUGGGGUCAGUGGGAGAACCAAUCAACCAAGAAGCCUGGGAUUGGCUCCAUAAGGUGGUGGGCGAUGGCAGAUGCACCCUGGUGGACACCUGGUGGCAGACAGAAACGGGGGGAAUCUGCAUUGCACCUCGACCCUCGGAAGAAGGGGCAGAAAUCAUCCCUGGCAUGGCCAUGAGGCCCUUUUUUGGCAUUGUCCCAGUUCUCAUGGAUGAGAAGGGGAACAUCAAGGAGGGCGGGGAUGUCUCUGGGGCUUUGUGCCUCUCCCAGGCCUGGCCGGGAAUGGCCAGGACCAUCUACGGAGACCACCAGCGGUUUAUGGACGCAUACCUCAGGGCUUAUCCAGGCUACUACUUCACUGGAGAUGGGGCCUACCGCACCAAGGGCGGCUAUUACCAGAUCACAGGGCGCAUGGAUGACGUCAUCAAUAUCAGCGGCCACCGACUGGGGACCGCAGAGAUCGAGGAUGCAAUGGCUAACCAUCCAGCAGUGCCCGAGACCGCAGUCAUUGGCUACCCCCAUGACAUCAAAGGAGAAGCUGCCUUUGCCUUCGUGGUGCUGAAAGACGAUGCAGCUGAUGCCGAUGUGGUGAUGAAGGAGCUUAGAUCUACAGUGGCCACCAAGAUUGCCAAGUACGCUGUGCCUGACCAGAUUCUGGUAGUGAAACGUCUUCCAAAAACUCGGUCUGGAAAAGUCAUGCGGAGACUUCUGAGGAAGAUCAUCACGGAUGGGGCUCAGGAUCUGGGAGACACCACCACCCUGGAGGACCCCAGUGUCAUCACAGAAAUCCUGAGUACCUAUCAGAAAUACAAAGACAAGCGGGCUGCUACUCAGUGAGGCCACGCCUCACCCUGCUCUGUGCCUCAACCUCGUCUUGUCCUCCUAGAACGUAGCUGUCAGGUUGGCUGUCCUCCAGCACAUCCACACUGCCCCCUUGUGAAGUCCAUGCUGGACUCUUCCUCCUUUCUGUCAGAGAACCCACAAGGAGGAAGGGUCAGCAUUUGUGCCAUUUGCCCUGAAUUUGAUUUCCUGCAAUGAAGAGUCAUUGUCAUUUCUGUUUGUGUCCUUAGUAGACAGCACAGCAAGAUGAAAAACCCAGUCAGGUGUGCCUGCUCAGGUGACUUAGAUCUAGAUGCAAUCAUGUCUCCCCUAGGUAUUUCUAGAUACAAAAGGCAGAGAUUUUAUUUUUAUACUUUUAUAUUUUGGAAGAAUUAUGUGCAAGCAAACAUAUGUAAUGUGUGGAUUUACUUGUACAUGCUUUGUAAUAUUUAGAGUUAUGAAAAUCUUUUUUUUUUCUUUUUUGCCUCCACACCUGAGGAAUGGUGGAGAGGACCUGAGGGUGUAAUUUCAUUUACCAUUUGGCACAUCUGCAAGUCUUUAUUGGCAAUGUUUGUACCACUGUCUCAACAUAGCUAUCUCGAGAACUCUCAAGCUUGCAGGAUCAUCUUGGUGUGCAUUUCUACUUCCCCUGGUUUGUGUACAGUGCAACUAACUGCUAAAAGUGAUGGUGUGAGCACACCUGCCUUCUAAUUCUAAAGGCACUCCAGUCAUGAGUUUUGUCUCUCCCAGCUGUGAUCUGGGAAGACUCUCCCUCUCCACCUUGGAUUCCUCUUGCUGGGAAAUCAGUAUGUUCUAGUAUGUGGGGUGGUCGAGGGAAGCCAGUGGAAGCUUGGUCACAUGUUAGAGCAUGAUUUGGCUAGAACUGGGUCCUUGCACUCUCAUCCUUCCUCCCGUGGUUGGGGUGGGGACCUGAGAACUGCAGCAGUCCAGUGAUAAGACUUGGUGUAUCUCUCCCUUUCUCUUUUAUAUAAUGUGCCUUAAGUCCUCUGAGUGUUAGCAAGAUAAUUUAAAUCAGUUGGUCACAAAGUGCUCUUCCAGUGCUCUUAGCAAAGCAUGCAGGGGCUGAUGGUGUUGGGUGUGGGUGAGGUAGCCUGCUGGACUGGGUCUUUGAGCAUGGCAAAAGGUUGUUCCUGUCUUUGCCCCAUGGGAUACAGCGCCCUGCAGCUGAACAUGUACUGUGGGCCCUGGCUGUGCUGGCCUUGGUGAUUAGGUAGAUAGACCAAGAACCCUCAGUGGGGUUGUGUUGGCUGUAGCAUAGCUCUAUACAGGGUGACGGGUGGCUGUUAUAACUCUUGGCAACAGAGAACCAUGGCUGGCCUUGCUGCAUUUGUGUUGGGCUUGGCAGACUACAGCUGGCUGCUAUAUAUAAAAUGGCUUAGACUAUAUAUAAAAUGGCUUAGGGCUUAGACAUCAAUUUAGACAGUACCCAGGGUCUCAGAGUGAUUGGUAGGGCAGUUUAAAUAAAAAUCUUACUUUGUUCAUUC